AUGAUCUUUGUGGGGUAUGAACCUGGCUCAAAGGCUUGGCGGUUUGCAUACCCGAGUGGGAAUCAGUCCAGACUGGUGAUCAGCAACAGUGCUGAGUUCUGUGAACAGCAGCUCUUUGACUCAUAUGAGGAGGAGGAAGAGGAAGAGGAACCUGUUGCUGAGGACCAAAGUCCAGAGCAACAGAAUCCACCGCAGGGGCAAAGUCCACAUCAGGGGCAGCUCAGGAUCCCUCAGAGGGGGAGGCCAAGAACACCUCCUCAAACCACUGUCAAGUCUGAGCCAAAGAAGACAGGUAAACAGGUAGAGAAGUUUGCCAAGGAGCUUGGCAAAAGGUUCAAGCUCAAGCAGCUUGGAGCUGUUCAGACGUAUCUGGGCGUGGAUGUGUCACGAACACAAGAUGGAAAUUUUUUGCUCAGCCAGAGAGGUAAAAUUGAGCAACUGCUUCAGAAGUUCAGGAUGAGUGAUUGUGCAGGUGUCAGAAGCCCCAUGGAGACUGGCUAUGUGAAAGAAAGCCAGCAAGAGUCUCACCCAUCUCAUGGCUUUUCUUCUAGUGUGGACCAGUUCUACAAGCUCUCCCCUGAAAGCAGGUGCACCAUCCAGAACAAGCUGGCGCUGUACCUGAAGAAGAAAAAGUCUUUUCUUCUCUCAGGAAUUCUGGGAUUUGAGGAUAACUUCAGUGUUAUGAGUAUGGAGAAGAAAAGAAACCUGCAGAAUCAGCAAAUGAAUGCCCGCCAGGAGCCUCCACCACCACCGCUGCCACCAAGCAGGCUGCGUAUCCGUGACAAGGACAGCAUGAGCAAGAAGCAACCCAAAGUGACCAACACUAUGCGCAAGCUCUUUGUGCCUUCCACACAUACGCAGUCCGGACAGAGAGAGGGACUCAUCAAGCACAUCCUCGCCAAGAGAAAGAAGGAAUAUGUCAACAUCCAGAAUUUCAGGAUUUUCGUGGGGACAUGGAAUGUGAAUGGGCAGUCUCCAGACAGUGGAUUGGAACCUUGGCUGAACUGUGACCCUGAACCCCCAGAUAUCUACUGCAUUGGGUUCCAGGAGCUGGACCUGAGUACAGAGGCUUUCUUCUACUUGGACUCGACAAAGGAGCAAGAGUGGCUGACAGCUGUGGAAAAGGCUUUGCGUUCCAAAUCCAAGUACAAGAAAGUGCAGCUGGUGCGUCUAGUCGGAAUGAUGUUGCUCAUCUUUGUCAGGAAGGACCAGCUCAGCCGCAUCAAGGAAGUGAGGGAGACAGUGGGCACAGGCAUCAUGGGGAAGAUGGAUAAUAAGGGGUGUGUGACCGUGAGGUUUGUCUUCAACAAUACUAGCUUCUGCAUUGUCAAUUCCCACCUUGCUGCCCACGUGGAAGACUUCAAGCGCCGAAACCAGGAUUACAAGGAUAUCUGUGCUCAGAUGAGCUUCCUGCCCCCUGACCAGGGUCUGCCGCAGCUGACAAUUAUGAAACACGACAUUGUCAUCUGGUUGGGUGAUCUGAACUACAGGCUUUGCCUUCCUGAUGCCAAUGAUGUGAAAACUCUGAUCACUAAAAAUGAGCUUCAGAGACUUCUGACCUACGACCAGCUAAACAUUCAGCGUACCCAAAAGACAGCUUUUGCUGAUUUCACAGAGGGAGAGAUCAAGUUCAUCCCGACGUACAAAUUCGACUCUAAAACAGAUCGCUGGGAUUCCAGUGGGAAGUGCCGUGUGGCGGCCUUCCCGGGCGUUUUUCCAACACCAGCAUGGUGUGACCGAAUCCUCUGGAGAGGAGGCAGCAUGAAUCAGUUCAGCUACCAAAGCCACAUGGACUUGAAAACGAACAACCACAAGCCCGUCAGCUUCCUCUUCCUUAUAGAGGUGAAGGUUGUGGAUGACCGACGGUACCGGAAAGUGUUUGAGGAUAUUGUUCAGUUGAUGGACAGGAUGGAGAACGAAUUCCUUCCCUCACUGGAGGGAGGUAAAGACGAGUUUCCGCUUGAGAAUGUGAAGUUCCGGCAGCUGCAGAAGGAGAAGUUCCAGAUCACAAACAACAGGCAGGUCACCCUCCAUUUCUCCUUUAUCCCCAAACUCAAUGACAGCCAGUAUUGUAAGCAAUGGCUUCGCGCUGAGCCCUGCGAGGGAUACUUGGAGCCCAGUGAGACGGUGGACAUUUCCCUGGAUGUGUACGUCAGCAAGGAAGAGAAGAUUGAGGCUAUCUUUGUCCUUCACCUUGACCGUGGCAAGGACUAUUUCCUCACCAUCAGUGGGAGCUACCUACCAAGCUGCUUCAGGACCUCCUUGGAAGCCUUGUGCUGGAUGAGGCAGCCAAUUGGCGAAGUUCCCGUCACCAGACUUAUUGACCUGGAGAAGCAGUUUCUGGAUAUAGUACCCCAGGAUGGUGAUGACUCCAGAGUGGCCAAGGAGAUCUGGCUUUUGGUGGACCACCUCUUCAAGAAUGCCUGCCACCAGGAGGACCUCUUCCAGACCCCGGGCAUGCAGGAUGAGCUGCAGGAGAUAAUUGAGUGCCUGGACACCAGCAUUCCUGAGACGAUCCCUGGCAGUAACCACUCGGUGGCCGAAGCUCUACUCAUCUUCCUGGAGGCACUGCCAGAACCAGUCAUUUGCUAUGGACUGUAUCAACGCUGCCUUGAGCGCUCACAAGACAGCCACCUCUGUCGCCAGACACUCUCUAUCGACGCCUUCACCUUACCACAGCCAGCUGCUUGA